AUGCAAAACGAAAUUCUGUAUGAAAAUUGCGAAGAAAUUCAGGUUCUAAACGCGCUGGCAGCCACUGCAGCCGCUCAUCACGCUGGCGUUGAUCCAUCAAUAGCAGCCAAAGCUUUGUCACACUUCGUUGGGUCAAAGGAUCGCUUGACAAAUCUCGGUUCUACAAAUAGCGGUGUAUCAGUUUGGAUGGAUUACGCCUACCAUCCGGCCGCCAUACACGCUACACUGAAAGCGCUUCGAUCUCGGCUCGGCUCGCGAUCGCGCAUCGUCGCCGGAAUUCCCGCUCACAAUCAGUUAAAAUGGGAUUCCUACUACCGUGACGGGCUUAUCCAAGCGAUUUCCCCUCUCAAUCACGCAAUCAUUUUCGCUCAACCAAAAACGCAAAAAUUUGCAGCAUUCGAGGGAAGAAUUGAAGAAAUUCCCGAGUUUACGCAGAUCUCUGUUCAAACAAGUCGAGACUAUGACGAGUAUCGAGAUUUGCUCUCGAAACAAGCACUCCCCGACACAAAUAUCAUUCUCUUUUGGACGUAUACUUCUGGUCGAGAGUUCGCCGAGAAAUUCCUCUCGAAUCUCAAGGCAAACGAUGUCUAUGAGAAUGAAAAUCUUCAGGCGACAAAAGAA